ACCUGAGGUUUCUAGGCUCAGGCUGGAAGAAGGUAGCCGAGCUGCCCUGGCUGUGGAGGAUGAAAGAUGGAGUGGCCAGCCAGAUCCCCCUCCUAAACCCACCCCUCCUCCAUCUUCAUCGCAGUGCACAGGGGCUGACUCAGCCCACUCGCCUGCCCAGAACCUUCCCUGUGUUAGACCCUGGGGCCUUUGUCCCCGUAGUCAUGAGGCCUGUGGGGGUGGGAACAGUGUUGAUAAAAGGCACCAGCGGCAGUUCCCACACCCUUCCUCAGAGUUGCUGCCCACAUGCAGGCCCGGACACAGCCCCUAGCCCAGGCCCUACCCUUCUCCUUUGGAGGGACCCUGCCAGACCCUGGGCUCCGAGUGCCUGUUGUAAAGAUGGGCCCCAGGUGGGAGAGCCUGCAGCGCACCCUGAAGGAAGUUGCCUACAUCCUCCUCUGCUGCUGGUGUAUCAAGGAGCUGCUGGAUUGAUGGCGGCAGAGAACUGCCUCCCCACCAGCAGCACAGCUGGUGUCGCCCAGUGCUCAGCCCAAACCCCAUCCAGACGCCUGCGGCCAGCUGCGCUUGACUAAGAAUGGGCCACAAACAAGUGAAGUUUGGAUCCUGCUUGGAGUUGGUGCCAUCUGUCAGAUCUGCCUCGUCUGUGGGCCUUCGCUCCCAGCCCCCACUUCUGGUGGGCCUCUGGUGGGCGGGGCCUUGGCCUGCUGGCCAGAACCCCAGUAAGACUGCUGCAGGACCUGGCACUCCUCCAAGCCUGGCACAGUGAGCCCACUGGCCCAAGUGGCUGAUCUUAUAUCCUCGUAGUGCCAGGAAUGGGCUGCCCCCUAAUAUCUCUGAGAAUCCCUGAACUACAUGUAUAAUAAAUAGGACUUGAGGCCGAAA